AUGGAAACAUUAGCUGGAGUGUUAAAUGCUCUCAUAAAUACUACAAUAAACAAGGAUAACGAAGAAAACUUAAUGAAUGUUAAACUUAUUGCAGGAGUUUUGAAGUUCAGUUAUGCGAAGGAGUUUAAGAUAACACGAAUGAGUCAUAGAGUACAACUUCUUUUAGGAGCAUACCAUAUGACAUUUCCUUUGAAAAGUGUUGACAAAACGAUUGAGAUGAAAUCUGUUCCAUACGUAUGUUAUGGCAAUUGUUUAUACAUUGAGUCUAAAAUAGCUAAUGUCACAGGCAUUUCAGGAGUUAAUAGUAAAGGUUCAGUAGAGUAUAAAUCUUUCUGUUAUGAAGUAAAUUCAAUGUUCAUUCCAAACGUUCCUGUCAUAGCAACUCAUUUAGGUAAAUGGGUUCGCAUUAGUCCUCAUAAUUUGAAAGACAUGCAAUUCAGACUUGUUGACUUUCAAGGAGAGCCUGUAGAACUGAAGGCACCAGUGCGAAUGACUGUUGAAGUUGACUUUUUAGAAAAUAUUAAAUGCAACAGCUUACAAGAGAACUCAGAGCUAAAAAUAUAA